AUGACUACACUCGAUCCUGCUACCGGUCGCCCUCUGCCAGACUCGGCCAUACAACGCGUGCUGUUCAUCUGCCCUCGAGUCCAUGUAUACCAAAUCCCACCUCUUACCUCGAACAAAGGCUUCUCCGCCGGAUCGUGGACCGCUCCUCCGCGACCAACCGCUCAGAUGAUCUUCACCGCCCGUCUACGCAUCAUAGAAACAUCGCUCUCAAAUCAAAUUAAAACGGAUCUUGUCCUCGAGGAUGCCAAGACUGGGGACUUGUUCGCUGCGUGUCCAUACACUUCGGCAGCUGUGGUAGAGCAAGCCAAUGACAGCAGUCGCUUCUUCGCCGUCCGUGUGGUCGGAGAAGGUGGCAUGAAAGCAACUCUAGGCUUGGGCUUUGAAGAGAGACCAGACGCCUUCGACUUCAGCAUCACUCUAUCCGAGGCCAGGAAGCUCUUGGGUAUGGAGCAGAACGCCGCUCCCGGACAGGCACAACAGCAACAGAUGAGCAGAAAGACGGUCGAAGAGCCAAAGAAGGACUUCAGCUUGAAAGAGGGAGAAAGCAUACAUGUUGAGAUUGGCGGCCGCGGAAGGAGACAGCAGCAGUCGAGCAAUGCAUCCAAGGACGAUGGCAAUGCACUCUUCUCAAUAGCUCCUCCACCGCCGCCUGCUUCGGAAGAAGACUUUGCAUCGUUGCCUUCUCUCGCCCCUCCGCCUUCGGCGGCACAUGUAAAAGCCGCUUCCAAGAGCCCUUCUCCAGCAAGACGGCAAUACCAACAUCAGCAAAACCAGCCUUCCGCUCAGGACUUGGGCUUCGACGAUGGUGAAUUUGGAGAGUUCCAAUGA